AUUGCGAGAAACACCCCUGAGGCUAACCCAUGGGGAAUACCACACUGGGGCAUAAAUCAUAACACGCUGACUCGCUAACAGAAAAUGAACAUGGAGGGAAACCACAAGACAUUCUAAAGUAGAACACUACACUACAUGGAGUUAAACACUUAUCACUCGUUCUUCCAUUCACACUGCACCAUGGACUAUGCUACGUCACUCAUACAUACACGGAAACAAACACUCCCGCUGCAUGCUACAGUAUCUUACCGCUACAAAUAUUAAAUGUAGCCCAUAUGCACGCGUUUCAUGAUAUUUGAUCAUUUUUGUGAUGUUUUAUUAUUUUCUUUUAUAUUCAGCUCUUGGUCCUCCUGGUCUACUGGUUGCUACAGUCGGUUUUUUUCUGUCGACAUGUUAAUCUCACAUUAUAUGUUUUUAAGCCAUAUUUUAUCUACACUUUCCCUUUGUUGGAGACAGUUACGGCAGUGAUUACCUCUCGGUGGCGUUCCUGACGUGGUGCGGUUUGCCAAAUGACCGGCGAUAACUGCGCACGCUCCUGUCUGAAAGUUUCGCAUACAUCCACCUUACUCUACUAUAUGCGCGUUCACAACAUAUUGAGAACUGCAAUCCAUAUAAAUUCGCAGUUCGGAAUUCCACCCCCUCCUUCUUCCCUCACCAACCCCUCCUCCAACGCAAAAGACUUGGGUUUUCUAUCGUCAUCGCACUGUCAGUGCCUCGUGGCUCUCUUGACAGGGUGACCCGAAAGUGUUGCUUAUCAUGGCCACCGGACCCAGUGCAGCCGCUCUAGAAAGUAACCUAUGCAAUAACAUGCCCUGAUAAAAGGCAUUAUCGGAGACAGUUUCUUUGCGGUUCACCGAAAACAAUCCCUACCUCUUCCAUCUUACUGUUACGAGCCCUCUGGCGGCAAGAGGCCACUGUAGAUGAUCGUUAGGUCACACUUUCCUCUCUCCACGGACGUCCAGCUGUCCUUUUGACAGUUGCCCUUUCGCGUUUCGCUCAAGAAGCAUCACGGCAUGCACGGGUAGCACGGCCGAUUUUUUUUUUUGCUCGGGGAUUAAAAGGGAGAACCCCGUGGAGCUUUUUUGCGAACAGCUGGCAAGCUUGAGCGGCAGUUAAGAUGCAGUGGAACCGGGGAUUUGUCUACUCGCAAGUGUACUGUGCGAGUUUUCUGGUUUGGAUUAGCCCAGGUGUGACUAUCGUGGAUGUUGCCGGGUCACAACAGGGGAUCCCACUGUCAGUGGUGAAACUGUGGGCGUCUGCGUUUGGAGGGGAAAUAAAGUCCAUCGCUGCGAAAUAUUCAGGAUCCCAGCUGCUGCAGAAGAAAUACAAAGAGUUUGAGAGAAGAGGCCGAGUAGAAGAUAUAGAUGGCGCAAAACUUGUGAAAAAAGUGGCAGAAAACAUGGAAGAGAUGUUCCGGAAAAAAGCAGAGGCGGUACAGAUAUUGUCCCACCUUCCACCUCACAAGGAAUGUUGCGUUAAAGUCCUAUUCGCCACCGAGACUCAGCAAAAUGUAUGCUGUAAAUAA